UUGGAGAUGAAUACACUCAGGUCUUUGCGGUCCACUUCAGGGAAACGUUACCUACUGUUCCAUCCACUGUCAUUCUCAGGGCUGUGUGUGUAUGGCAGCAUAAAUCUAGUUUAACUCUCAGAAGGCAUCUACAGAUAAAUUCUCCAGGUGGGAUACAGACUUAAGAGCGCCAUGAGUGGCUCUGCUGGAGCUACACCCCGGACCGGAUCGGGUUUGGGCAUCAGUGGGCCGUGGCCUCAGAGAGCCUUGGUCCAGACAUACCUGCUCCCCAGCUCUGUACGCCCUCCACUCGCAGCAGGAGGACACAGGGGCACCAAAACCGCUCUGAGGCUGCCUUUUCUGGUAGCUACGACCAAAGGGCCACACAGGAUGGACAGCAUGGUUCAGCUCAGCCUCAGUGAGCACUCCCUUCUCACCCCAAAUGAGUAUGUCCUAUUCUCUGGCAACCAUCUCCACAGUGUUUCACAAAGGCGACCACCACCUCCUCCAUUUUCCAGGUCAUCAGCCCUGCUCCCCUACAAGACCAGCCACCAGUCUGGCACCAGCCAGUUUCAUCAGCAGCAAAACCAACAGCAGGUCCAAAGCUGCAGCAGACCAGCCUACGUUAACUUCUCCCAGGCCAUCCAGCCCAGCUCCAAGCCAAUACAUCAUUCACACAACACACACAACCUGGCCCACAGCGCAGAGAAACGUGACCUUCGACCUUUAGCGAAACAAUAUCAUAAUGCUUUGUCUUGGGGAGAGCCUUUGACUGUCACUGGGAAGCCAUGUCUUCUGAACAGCAGUCAGCGCCGCACUCUGGCUGCUGGUCCAGUUCGUACUCAGCUUCAUGUGUUUCUGCCCACUGAGGCAGAGGGAGAAGAAACAGACAGUGAGUCUGUGGAUGAAGGCUUCAUGGAUGAGCUGGACAGUAAGAUAACCUCUCUGAAGCUCCAGUAGGGAACACCAAAGACAGCUGCAUGAUAGGUAAAAGCAAAGCAAACUGUAUGGUCCACAUUUUUUGUGUGUGUGUAUUUUGGGUCACUUUUUUAUUAUUUUGGCUAGAUUCCUUUAUUCAAAUCAAGAGAAAUGUUGAUGCUACAGAAAACAAUUCAGAAAACAAUUAGCUUCCAGCUUUGUGACAACAAUAUGGGUACAUCACUUAGCUAAAUGGAGAGCUUCAGUGGAACCUGAAAAUAAGAGUUUCCUGCCUAAAAAUAAGGAUGUAUCUAAAAUUUCAUACUCGUAAAUGUGUGGUUUGUUGUGUUUGGUAGCAAAUGAAUGUACAAACAUUUUCAUCACUGUCCUGUUUCUGUCAAAGUAAAGAACUAUAAAGACACCAAUGCAAAUUGAAUAAAUCAUGUGUUAGUGUAAAAAGAGUAUGUUUUGCAGAAACUGGAAUUUGUUGCUAUGCCAGUAUAUACAUGUGUUAGGUAUUUUUAGUCAGAUAGAUAUUGGUUAGAUACUUUAUGUAUUAGAA